CAGGCGUGAGGCGACCAAACAUCAGAGCUGAGCACCCACACGGAGUGUACAGCGGGAAACAAAAUAACAUGCAUUUUAAAGGACAAUAAACUGCAUUGGCUGAAGGGAUCAACAGGAGGGUCGAGGAGAUGAAUAAAAUGUCAGAUUUGGUGACACGCCAGUUCAUCGCACCUUCCCCACAGAACGGCUGUCCACAGUAGAUCACUCAUUAAGAACUGUGUCAGACUGAUCGGAUACCAUGGUAAUUAAUAGCUUCCUGCCACUCUUGCUGCUGUCCUUCCCUCUUCUGAGCUCGGCAGUCCCUCUGUCGAGCGGGAGUGACGGGAAUCUCUUUGGUGAGUUCCCCAGCCUGCCGGAGAAGGACAGAAGGAUACUACAUCGCUCCAAGAGAGGCUGGAUGUGGAAUCAGUUCUUCCUCCUUGAGGAGUACGCAGGUCCAGACUUUCAAUAUGUUGGCAAGCUUCACUCGGAUCAAGACAGAGGGGACGGCACCGUCAAGUACAUCCUCAACGGAGACGGGGCAGGCUCCUUGUUUCUCAUUGACGAGAACUCGGGCGAUAUCCACGCCACCAAGAGGCUGGACAGGGAAGAGAAGGCAUACUACACGCUCCGAGCGCAGGCUGUCAGCAAGCGGACGGGUCGGCCUCUGGAACCUGAGUCUGAGUUCAUCAUCAAAAUCCAUGACAUCAACGACAAUGAGCCAAAGUUUUCCAAGGAAACCUAUGUAGCUAGUGUUCCGGAGAUGUCUGAUGUUGGCACAUUUGUUCUGCAAGUCACCGCUACCGACGCUGAUGACGAACAGUAUGGGAACAGUGCAAAGCUUGUUUACAGUAUUCUACAGGGUCAACCUUAUUUCUCUGUUGAGUCUGAGACAGGUAUCAUCAGAACAGCCCUGUCCAACAUGAACCGGGAGAACAGGGAGAAGUACCAGGUGGUCAUUCAGGCCAAGGACAUGGCAGGACAGAUGGGAGGGCUCUCUGGCACCACGACGAUAAACAUCACCCUCACGGAUGUGAACGACAGCCCUCCUCGGUUCCCUCACAGUUCCUACCAUCUCUCCGUUUUGGAGUCGGCAGAAAUCGGGUCCACGGUGGGCCGGAUCAAAGCCAAUGACGCUGACAUUGGGGAGAAUGCUGAAAUACAGUACAGCAUCAUCGACGGGGACGGGCAGGACGUAUUUUCCAUUUCCACAGACCGGAUAACGCAGGAAGGCAUCAUAACUAUAAAGAAGCCUCUGGACUAUGAAAGCAAACGGAUGUACACCUUAAAAGUGGAGGCUACAAACACACACCUCGACCACCGCUUCCUUCACCUGGGUCCAUUCAAGGACUCUGCCACGGUAAAGAUCACAGCACAGGACGUGGACGAGCCACCCAUUUUUAGCAGGAACCCCUACAUUAUAGAAGUGCAUGAAGAUACGGCAGCGGGUAGCUUCAUUGGUGCUGUGGCAGCCUGGGACCCGGAUGCUGCAAACCAUCCUGUCAAGUACUCAAUCGAUAGGCAUACAGAUCUGGACAGACUCUUUAAUAUUGACUCUGGAAAUGGCUCCAUCUCAACAUUACAGUCCCUCGACAGAGAAAUGUCAAAAUGGCAUAACAUUUCUGUCGUCGCCACGGAAAUAAAUAAUCCUCGACAGACCACUCGAGUUCCCGUUUUCAUUAAGGUUUUGGAUGUCAACGAUAAUGCUCCCGAAUUUGCCAUGUUCUAUGAAACUUUUGUUUGUGAAAAUGUUAAAGCGGGUCAGCUAAUACAGACGAUAAGUGCGGUUGACACAGAUGAACCUCUUGUUGGGCACAAAUUUGCCUUUAGCCUCACCACCGUGAAUCCAAACUUCACAAUUUUGGAUAAUGAAGACAAUACAGCCAGGAUUUUCACCAAACGGAGUGGCUUCAGUCGACGCGAGACCAGCAUUUACCUCCUUCCGGUCGUCAUCUCAGACAAUGACUACCCGAUCCAGAGCAGCACCAGCACACUCACCAUUGGUGUGUGCGCCUGUGACCGUGACGGCAACAUGAAGGCGUGUAGCGCCGAGGCCCUGCUCCGCUCAGCCGGCCUCAGCACGGGCGCCCUCGUGGCCAUCCUGCUCUGCGUCAUCAUCCUCCUCAUGAUAGUGGUGCUGUUUGCCGCUCUCAGGAGGCAGAAGAAGAAGGAGCCUCUGAUUAUCUCCAAAGAGGAUGUGAGAGACAACGUGGUGAGCUACAAUGAUGAGGGCGGCGGAGAGGAGGACACGCAGGCCUUCGACAUCGGCACACUGAGAAACCCUGAGGUGAUGGAUGCUAACAAGCUCCGCAGAGACAUCAUUCCUGAGAUGCUCUUUCCCUUCCGUCGGACAUCGCCCAUAAAGGACAACGCAGAUGUUCGGGAUUUCAUCUCUAGCCGGCUUCAGGACAACGACGCUGACCCCACCGCCCCACCAUACGACUCCCUCGCCACGUAUGCCUACGAGGGAAACGGUUCUCUGGCAGAAUCCCUGAGCUCACUCGAGUCAGCUGCCACGGAGGGCGACCAGGAAUACGAUUACCUCAGUAACUGGGGUCCGCAGUUUAAAAAGCUGGCAGACAUGUAUAUAGGGAAAGACACUGACACCGACAUAGCUUAAAGCAGUCCUUUCAGUUCCCCUUUGCCUA